CUCACGAUGCUGCAGAACGUGGCGCCUCACAAGCUCCCUGGGGAGGGAAAUGCAGGGUUAUUGGGGCUGGGCCCAGAGGCAGCGGCGCCUGGGAAAAGGAUUCGAAAGCCUUCGCUGUUGUAUGAAGGAUUUGAGAGCCCCACGAUGGCUUCAGUGCCCGCAUUACAAAUAACUCCUGCCAACCCACCACCCCCGGAAGUGUCCAAUCCCAAAAAGCCAGGACGGGUUACCAACCAGCUGCAGUACCUGCAUAAGGUGGUGAUGAAGGCUCUGUGGAAACAUCAGUUUGCAUGGCCUUUCCGACAGCCUGUGGAUGCCGUCAAACUGGGCCUGCCGGAUUACCAUAAAAUUAUAAAGCAGCCCAUGGAUAUGGGUACAAUUAAGAGAAGACUUGAAAACAACUAUUAUUGGGCUGCCUCAGAGUGUAUGCAAGAUUUUAAUACCAUGUUCACCAACUGUUACAUAUACAACAAGCCUACUGAUGACAUUGUCCUAAUGGCACAAACGCUGGAAAAAAUCUUCCUACAGAAGGUAGCAUCAAUGCCACAAGAGGAACAAGAGCUUGUGGUGACCAUCCCUAAGAACAGCCACAAGAAGGGGGCCAAACUGGCAGCACUUCAGGGCAAUGUUACCAGUGCCCAUCAGGUGCCUGCUGUCUCCUCAGUGUCUCACACAGCCCUGUAUACUCCACCACCUGAGAUACCUACCACUGUCCUCAACAUUCCCCACCCUUCGGUCAUCUCUUCACCCCUUCUCAAGUCCUUGCAUUCUGCUGGACCCCCACUCCUUGCUGUGUCUGCAGCUCCCCCGGCCCAGCCCCUUGCCAAGAAAAAAGGAGUGAAGAGGAAAGCAGAUACUACAACCCCUACUCCUACAGCUAUUCUGGCUCCUGGUUCCCCGGCCAGCCCCCCGGCCGGUCUUGAGCCUAAGGCUGCACGCCUUCCCCCUAUGCGAAGAGAGAGUGGUCGUCCCAUCAAGCCCCCACGGAAAGACUUACCAGACUCUCAGCAACAACACCAGAGCUCCAAAAAAGGGAAGCUCACAGAACAGUUAAAACAUUGCAAUGGCAUUUUGAAGGAGUUACUCUCUAAAAAGCAUGCUGCCUAUGCCUGGCCUUUCUAUAAACCAGUGGAUGCUUCUGCUCUUGGCCUGCAUGACUACCAUGACAUCAUUAAGCACCCCAUGGACCUCAGCACUGUUAAGCGGAAGAUGGAGAAUCGAGAUUACCGGGAUGCUCAGGAGUUUGCUGCUGAUGUGCGGCUUAUGUUCUCCAACUGCUAUAAGUACAAUCCUCCAGACCACGAUGUUGUGGCCAUGGCACGAAAGCUGCAGGAUGUAUUUGAGUUCCGUUAUGCCAAGAUGCCAGAUGAGCCACAAGAGCCAGGACCCUUACCAGUCUCAACUGCCUUGCCCCCUGGUUUGGCCAAAUCAUCUUCAGAAUCUUCUAGUGAGGAAAGUAGCAGUGAGAGCUCUUCUGAGGAAGAGGAAGAUGAGGAAGAUGAUGAGGAAGAAGAGAGUGAAAGCUCUGAUUCUGAGGAAGAAAGGGCUCAUCGCUUGGCUGAACUACAAGAACAGCUUCGGGCAGUACACGAGCAACUGGCUGCCCUGUCCCAAGGCCCAAUAUCCAAGCCAAAGCGCAAGAGAGAGAAGAAAGAAAAGAAGAAGAAACGAAAAGCAGACAAGCAUCGUGGGCGAACUGGUAUUGAGGAAGACGACAAGGGGAUCCGGGCCCCUCGUCCAUCUCAGCCCAAGAAGUCCAAGAAAGCAGGUGGCAAUGCUGCUACGCUAGGCCCCCCUGGCUUUGGACCUUCUGGAGGAGGUGGCACCAAGCUUCCCAAAAAGACCACAAAGACUGCUCCACCUGCCCUGCCUAUAGGCUAUGACUCUGAGGAAGAGGAAGAAAGUAGGCCCAUGAGUUAUGAUGAAAAGCGGCAGUUGAGUCUGGACAUCAACAAAUUGCCAGGGGAGAAGCUGGGUAGAGUUGUGCAUAUAAUUCAAGCCCGGGAACCCUCUUUACGAGACUCCAACCCAGAAGAAAUUGAAAUUGAUUUUGAAACACUCAAGCCGUCCACACUUAGAGAGCUUGAGCGCUAUGUCCUUUCUUGCCUGCGAAAGAAACCUCGGAAGCCCUACACCAUUAAGAAACCUGUGGGAAAGACAAAGGAGGAACUGGCUUUGGAGAAGAAGCGUGAACUAGAAAAGCGGUUACAAGAUGUUAGUGGACAACUCAAUUCCACCAAAAAGCCCCCCAAGAAAGCGAGUGAGAAAACAGAGUCGUCUUCAGCACAGCAAGUUGCAGUGUCACGCCUCAGCGCUUCCAGCUCCAGUUCAGAUUCCAGUUCCUCCUCUUCAUCUUCCUCCUCCUCUGACACCAGUGAUUCAGACUCGGGCUGAGGGGUCAGGCCAGAUGGGGCAGGAGGCUCCGCAGGACCGGACCCCCUAGACCACCCUGCCCUUUUCCCUUUGGCUGUGAUGUGAUACUUCCUCAUCUUACCCCCUCCCCCACAAUUAGGAGAGCUGGCUCUGCAAGGGGGAGGGAUGCAGGGAUAUACGGAGGAACAUAAAAUGGACAAGAUUUGAGUUCCCAGCCCCGUUGAGAGUGACCUCUUGGACAUAGAGCCCCCCAUUCAAAAUGUCUGGGGUUGGGCAAAGGGGUCCAGGGGGAGUGGGCAGAGGCCCCUGGUAAAGGGUUUACCUGAGACUUACCUCUGCCCUGUUCACUUGUAAAGGCCCUAUUUUGAGGUUGUUUGUUCUAAUUUAUUUUAAACUAGGUAUGGCUGAGGAGUGUGGGGCCAUAGUUCCCUUAGCCUCCAUGGGGAGGGGAGAAGGGGGAGCUCUUUUUUUACGUUGACUUUUUUUUCUACUCUGUUAUCCCUUUCCCUUCUGCUCCAUUUGGGACCCCUGGGGGUUUCUGUCAUCUCCCCAUUUGGUCCUCUGAAUUGUCAUUGUCUUUGUUGAUUCUAACUUGUAAAUAAAGAAAAUAUUAUUCAAA